CUGGACAGCAGCUCUGGGCAGGCAAUGCUGAGGCCACAACCCGGUAGCACAGAGGACAAGGAAAGCCCAGUCCAGGAGGAGCAGGACAAGGCUAUGCAGGCAGACAUGCUCCGCACCGUUGCCUCUAGCAACACCCAAUUUGCCUUGGACCUUUACAAGCUGUUGGUCCUCAGGAGGCCUGGGGAGAAUGUCAUCUUCUCCCCCGUGAGCAUCUCCACCAGUGUGGCCUUGCUCGGCCUGGGGGCCCGAGGAACCACCCUGGCAGAGAUCAUGAAAGGCCUGAAGUUCAGCCCCACUGAGAGCCGCGUGGCCGACAUCCACCGGGGCUUCCAGCACCUCGUGCGCACACUCAACCAGCCCGGCGAGCAGCUGCAGCUCAGCAUGGGCAACGCCAUGUUCAUCCGAGAGCAGCUGGAGGUGCUGGCCUCGUUCCUGGAUGAAGCGCGCGCCCUGUACGCAGCCCAGGUUGUCCCCACUGACUUCGAGCAGCCGGCCGCCGCUGAGCAGCUCAUCAAUGACUUCGUCAGCAAUGAGACCCACGGGAAGAUCGUAGACCUGAUCCGCAACCUGGACCGGGACACGGCCCUGAUUCUGGUGAAUUACAUCUUCUUGAAAGCCAAGUGGGAGACACCCUUUGACCCAAGGGAUACCGUCAAUUCCAAGUUCUACUUGAGCAAUGGCCAAUGUGUGCAGGUGCCCAUGAUGAAGGUUGAGGACCUGACCGUACCCUACUUGUGGGAUGAAGCGCUGUCCUGCACCCUGGUGGAGCUGAAGUACUUAGGCAACGCCAGCGCCCUCCUCAUCCUCCCUGACCAGGGCAAAAUGCAGACGGUGGAAGCUGAGCUGCUCCCAGAGACCCUGGCCAGGUGGAGGAACAACCUGAAGCCCAGGUUCAUAGAUGCCAUCUACCUGCCCAAGUUUUCCAUCUCGGGCAGCUAUGAACUGCAGAGAAUUCUUCCCCAGGUGGGCAUCAGCGAAGCCUUCUCCACACAAUGUGACCUGUCAGGAAUCACAACACGUCCCAAACUAAAGGUCGCCCAGGUGGUGCACCGCGCUCUGCUUGAUGUGGCAGAGGAAGGCACUGAAGCCGCGGCCGCCACCGGAGUGAAAAUCAUACCUUAUUGUCUAAGGUUGAACCAAACAAUUAUACGAUUCGACAAGCCCUUUCUGAUGAACAUCUACAACACAAACAGUGACACCAUUCUCUUUCUCGCCAAAGUGGCCAACCCCAGUCAGUCACAGAGCUCCUAACUGAGCUGUGGGCUUUCACUGAGGAGCAGGGCUACACAUCCAACACGCAGGCCUGUGUGUGCAGCCCACGCUGCGUGAGCCCAGUGGCCAGGGCCACACUGGGGAGGUGGCAGUGACUCUGUGACAACCACACGGCUCUUCCUGAGGCUGUGGCCUCAGUAAACCCUCACCCUGGGCUUGGACUCUGUUCCUUUGCCCCUUCAUCCUGACCCCCUGUUUUCUCUGCGUCUGUCUGCCUCUCCCGGAAAGCCACUUUCCCCACCACGCGAUCAGCUCAUUCGCAACGCAAGCUCGUGUCCUUUCUGUCUUCAGCUUCAACAGCCUGGUCAGGUCCACAUGACCACAAAGUCAAAUCCACCUGCAUCUCAGGUCCAGCACUGAGAUGGGACUCUGUUGCUCUAAGCCCCUUCUGAACUCUGGGGCCACCUGGUGUCUUGAUUUGAGUGCAAUCUUUCCCCUCCAGUUCCCCAGGUUGUAUCACCCAUGGCCUCUUUCUGGGGCUCUAGACCCCCUGGAUCUUUCACUCCUGCAGCUCCUGGGGACCAGUUUUUGGUAACUCCCUACUAUCCACCACUCCUCCCAGCUCCUCCAAUUGAUUGCCAGUAGCUAUUUGUGGGUUCAUAGGAGGACUUCACCUGACCAAUGCUCCAUGACCUUUGCUUCAUAACACUCGUGGGAGCCUAGGAGCAAUGAGCACACAUUUGGGCAUUGACAGAUGUUCCCUCCAGACAAAGCAGUGGUCCUCAUGUCUCACCGUGGAGUACUACUAAACAUCCUCCUCCAGCCACCUGGAGAUGACUCAUUGAGACGCUGUGAUGGGCUCUGACCUAGAAGUUAUUACUCAUCCACUCACAGCUGAGGAAAUGGCAGCACAGAGACACCUGCACUAUCCCCAAGGCCAUGGAGUUAGUUGUUAUUUCAGUAGGUGUUAUCACAACCUGAGGGAGGAUGGAUGAACAAUCUGGAAACACAUGGGGUUCUGUGUCUGAAGACUGAAGGGUAGCAGAGCUGCUUCUGGCAUGGUGGCCAAGAAAAAGAGAGGAAGAGAAAAAGACGAGCUGUCCCCAUGGGUGUCUUCCUUUUUCUGUUGAAUUCCAUCCAGUCCCCCCAACCUGUGGCAGAGUGUCCCCACAUUCAGGGCAGCCCUGCCCCCCCUUCUCCUCUGUGGAAACACCAUCACAAAGCAAAAGUUUGCUUUUCUUUUUCUUCCUCAAUGCAACCAAGCCGAAUACCAAAUUAAAGGUCCUAUA